AUGGGAAGCCAAAGUCAAUCCCAAGGAACCACAGCGGAAGCAGGCGUUGAAUCAAGCUUGGUGGAAUUCAACAUCCCUGACGUUUCACCGACAGAACUCAAGGCGAUCAUUUGGAAGCGAGUGAAGAAGCAUUUGACGAGCAUGUCCUAUCAGUGGCAAGAGAGUGGUAGCGAGUACUGCACGUACGAUUCGUCAACAUCAAACUUCUCCGGGACGAGCGACGUGGACGAUUAG